CACGCCCUCGCAGUGCGGGAGGCGGCCGGGCUGGCGGCUCCGCGGCCGGGGAGAAAGCGAGAGGGCAGAGGCUGGGCCGGGCCCGGAACUGCGGAGGCGGCGGCGGGUCAUGGACCGGUUCGUGUGGACGAACGGCCUCCUGGAGAUCAACGAGACGCUGGUGAUUCAGCAGCGCGGGGUCCGCAUCUACGACGGCGAGGAGAAGAUAAAAUUUGAUGCUGGAGUCCUUCUCCUCAGUACACACCGCCUCAUCUGGAGAGAUCAUAAAAAUCAUGAAUGUUGCAUUGGUAUUCCUCUUUCCCAAAUUGUAUUCAUUGAAGAACAAGCAGCUGGUAUCGGAAAAAGUGCCAAAAUAGUGAUUCAUCUUCACCCAGCUUCUUCCAACAAAGAGCCUGGCCCUUUCCAAAGCAGCAAGAGCUCCUACAUCAAACUUUCUUUCAAAGAGCAUGGCCAGAUUGAGUUUUAUAGGCGUUUAUCAGAAGAAAUGACUCACAGAAGAUGGGAGAAUAUGCCAGUGUCCCAAGUAAUGCAAAGGAAGAGUGGACAAGAGCCAGGAAGAAUAAGGGCUGUAGGAAUUGUAGGAAUUGAAAGGAAGCUAGAAGAAAAGAGAAAAGAAACUGACAAAAACAUUUCCGAGGCUUUUGAAGACCUCAGCAAACUCAUGGUUAAGGCAAAGGAAAUGGUCGAAUUAUCCAAAUCUAUAGCUAAUAAAAUUAAGGAUAAGCAAGGUGAUAUCACAGAAGAUGAAACCAUCAGGUUUAAAUCCUACUUGCUGAGCAUGGGCAUAGCUAAUCCAGUUACCAGAGAAACGCAUGGCUCAGGCACUCAUUACCAUAUGCAGCUGGCAAAACAGCUAGCUGGAAUACUGCAGGUGCCUUUAGAGGAGCGAGGGGGAAUAAUGUCGCUCACGGAGGUGUACUGUUUAGUGAACCGAGCUAGAGGAAUGGAACUGCUCUCACCAGAGGACUUAGUAAAUGCUUGUAAGAUGUUGGAAGCGCUGAAAUUACCUCUCAGGCUCCGAAUUUUUGACAGUGGUGUCAUGGUCAUUGAGCUUCAGUCCCACAAUGAAGAGGAAAUGCUUGCUUCAGCUUUAGAGACAGUAUCAGAAAAGGGAUCUCUCACAUCCGAAGAAUUUGCCAAACUUGUAGGAAUGUCUGUUCUUUUAGCCAAAGAAAGGUUGCUUCUUGCUGAAAAGAUGGGCCAUCUUUGCAGAGAUGAUUCAGUGGAAGGCUUGAGGUUUUAUCCAAAUUUGUUCAUGACCCAGAGUUAAAUAUUUUGUAAUUGUAUUCUUUACCUAUAUCCUUUCAUCAUGCAAUGACUGAAUGACAGACAACUAUGAGAUAAACCUUUAUUCAGUUACGGAUUUUGGUAGAACACUGCAAUACAGGACAGCUUUUCUAAUGUUUUUCCCUAAAUACUAUGUCCUAGGAAAGCUUAUUUAGGAUUAAUAUGGAAAGGUACUAAAGGAAAAAAUCAAAGCUGUCAUGAAAAUUAAAUCAUGUUAUGUUUAUGUUGACCCUUAGUAGGUUAACGUAAAAUAAGAGUUUCUAACUGAAUCGUUUAGUUGAACUGUUUUGAAAGAAGAGAGUUUAGUUUCAUGAGAAUAAAUCUGAGUUAACCCAGGUAAUAGUUAUGUUAAUAAGAUGACUGAAAGGGAUUGAAUCACAAUAGGAUUUAUGUUCAUGUCAACUGUUUACCGUUUGGGGAUAUCUGAAAUAUGCCAUGUUUGCAGUGAUAGAGCUAUGACCCCAUUGGAACGUAAUGUGAUACUGGAUGAUGCUGUGUUAGACACCUCCUCUGGAAGCAAUCACAGGCUGUCUCUUCCAGAGGCUAGAUCAAGUAUCCUACUUAGUUUUUUAUUUAGCUUACUUAUGUAGAGACUUGAUACGGUAAUUUCUUUUUUUUUUUUUUGUUACUAAGUGGUGAAUUCAUGACUGGCAUUUAAAGAAUGCGCCUAUGUCAUUUUACUUUUAAAAUACAUUGGAUUUUGAAAUUGAAUUAAGAAGCUGUUUAGACAUGUUUAGAGGGAUGAUUCCAAAUUUGGGAAUUAGCCGACCUGGGGAUUUUUUAAGUCUGCUGUAGAAAACUUUGAACCAGCCAUCAGGAACCUGGAAACUUGAUUAUCUUUUUUCUUUGAA